AUGAGGAUGGUUGCUAUGCAGGCCGACAAGAGCUUGAACUGCUUCCCUCACGAGUGUCAGAUAGUCGCAAACGUCGCGAACAAGAUGUGUCGCUGCGUCACCCUACCCGUCGGGGAGUGGCUGCAUAUAUGCUUUCCCGGCGACCCUCUCCCGCUCGAGCUGGUGUACACAGACUUCAGACCCUUCUCUGACAUCGAGCUCCGAUCCGGGGAAAGGGCCAUGUAUACAAGUUUGUGUAACGGGUUCAACGAUCUCUUCAGGAAACUCGACGCCAGGGAGUACUCGAUGGGGAUCGUGGACGACAUUCCCAGCCAGGCCGACGCAGCGUCCGCCGAGAAACGGGAUGGGCUCCCUCGGAAUGCUCUGUUGGCUCUGUACUCCAUGCAAAACGCCGCUCGCGCGGGACACCCAUCUCCCGUCUCGUCAUCGUCAACGGCAGACUCGGGAUCCCAGUACCCCGUUCAGCAAGAGAGCCAUUCUCCUCACGAGUCGCGCUUGCAGGCUACAGCCGUCUGGGCGUGGGCGGAACUCUUGGUUGACGUGAAGAACAGACGAGCUUCGGCGCCUUCAGUGUUCUUCGACCUCAUCGAUUCGUCCAAAGACGCAUCCUCGGUAGCCUCCGACAGACUCCAGCACUGGGAUGAAGUCGCCGAGCACGCGACGGAGAUGUGCUUCCGUCAGCAUCGAACGUCCAUGCCCAUGAUUACCGUCUACCACGACUAUGCUCGGCUUCUCAGAUUCGGCCCCGCCGGAGUCAUCCUUUCGGAGCCAUUCAACUACAUCGAGGACCCCGAGCCUUUCUGCACCUUUCUCUUCCGUUACUUGCGCGCGAGCCGUCAAACGCGCGGGUUUGACCCGACAGCAACUCUAGCUUCGCGUGACGAGCUUGAGAUAUUCACGAAGCUGACCGAUAAUCAGACGUUGCCAGUCCAUGUCAGGGACACCUUGAGGAUAGCGGUUACCCCUGGCUGGCCACUUCACAAGCUCUCCUACCAGGCACCGUGGUCCGCGGACGGAACAUCUCCCGUCCGCCCAGAAACACCGAGGUCCAUACGCGAGUUCCUGGUAGGGAGACCUUCCUACAGGAGCCACUCCAUGAUGGGGAAUGGAACUCGGGCCUUCGUCGCCUACGAUCUUGAGCGCAGGACCGUCGUCUUCAUCAAGGACUACUGGAGGCUAGAUUUGGGGCCCGACUACUUAACGGAGCGUGAAGUCUACUUGGAGCUGUCGAAGGACUUUUUGACGCGGCCCUUGCACGUACCAACUCUCCUUGGAGGCGGCGACGUCUUCGACGCGCGCAUGGAGACCCAACGGUCACUGGCUCACGCUGUCGUUGCGGCAUCACGGUCUGGACAUGUCGACCGUGACGGCGUAUGCCCGGGUAGAGUGCACACACGGCUUGUAUUCAAGGAAGUGUGUCGUCCCCUAGAAUCAUUCAAGGACGCCCGCGAGCUGGCUUCCGUUGUACAUGACGCUCUCCUAGCCCACAAGCACGCUUGGAAGGAACAUGGGAUUCUCCAUUGCGACAUCAGCGCCGGGAACAUCCUCAUUUUGGAUACCGCCAAUGACGGUGCUAUGAUGCGAUCAGUUGGUCUAUUGUGCGAUUGGGACCUUGCGAAGAGAAGGGUCCAUAUCGCGCACCCAGAGAUGUCGCAGCCGACCCGCUUGGGAGCCUGGCCGUUCAUGGCUGCUGCUCUGCAGUGGUAUCCUCGAAAGCCCCACUUGCUUUCUGACGAUCUGGAGUCCGCCUAUCAUACCCUAAACUGGUGUACGCUCAAGUACCUCCCACACGGAUCCACCGAUAUGGCGUGUCUUCCCCAAGAGAUGAACACCAUCUACAAACUAGCGUUACCAGAUGGUCGAGGCAGCAGCUUGAAGUUCAGGAGCGUCCAGAAUGGGUACCCGUUUGUUUUCGACCUCGAAUGCAGCCCAAAUCACCCCUUUCUAGAGCUCCUUACGCGCCUCGGUCACAUCUGCCAGGAACAUUACACGCAUUUCCCGCCCAAACUCGUUGAGCAGGACGCGAUCGAGGGAAACUUCGAAUUUCCUGGGGACCCAGACGACGAUUGUCCCCCUCCGGACCACCAGCAUUUGUAUGGUUAUGGCGCCAUCUUGGACGCGUUCUCCGCCGCGCUUCAGCAGAGCGAGUGGCCCGAGAUCCCGAAGCUUCCGGACCAAGUCCCAGACUCGACACCCUGCUCGAAGGUCCAUCGUUGA